AUGGAUGACAGCGGGAUGUUUGAUGAGAAUGGUUCUAUUUCAAGAAAACGAAAGCUAAAAAAGAAAGAAAAGGUCAGUGAAGAUAUGGAAGAAGUACAUGUCCGUAAUAAUGUUGCUGAUGAUGAACAAUCUGUUGGAACACUCAAAGAGACCGAACAAAUCGAAGUGAACAAUACUAUGAGAGAGAGGAAGAAGAUGAAACUAUCAAAGCACAGAAUACUGUCAAAGGAUGAGAUGCCUGAAGUGAAGGAACGGAAGAGUGGUAUUAUUUAUUUCCAGACAUUGCCACCAAACUUUACUGCCUCAAGAAUGCGUGAUGAAAUGAGUAAAUUUGGCGAAAUUGGAAGGAUAUAUCUCCAAGCUGAAAAGCGACGUGACGGAAAAGGUAAACGAAGAAAACGGUUUGUGGAAGGUUGGGUUGAAUUUAAGAAGAAAGGUCUAGCAAAGCGAGUAGCUGCGUCAUUGAAUAAUACAGCCGUUGGUGGAAAACGACGAAGUGUUGCGCGAGAAUCUCUUUGGACAAUGAAGUAUUUGAACGGAUUUAAGUGGAUACAUUUGGUGGAACAAUUAAAUUUCGAGCAUCGGAUCGAACAACAACGAAUGCACGUUGAAAUAGCUCAAGCAAAGCGACAGGCUUCCUUUUUCUCUGAUCAAGUGGAAAAAGGAGAGCAGUUGAGAAAAUUGGAGGAAAAGGUUUUAAAGAAAGGUGGCGUAUGGGAUAAAUUCCAGCGGCAAGUGCAGCAACGCUCAACGAUGAAGAAAAAUAAGAAGCCUAAAGAGACUGACGAUCAGCUGUUACAUAUGAUAUUUACUGGAUAA